AUGUCGGACGCGCAGCUUCAAUUCAGUGACAGCGUUUGGGCUCGGUCGCUUUCAGUUUCGAGUCUAAGCCCUGUGUCUCAGGCGCCAGUUAUAUCAUCAUCUGAAUCGAACCCCACUCUCUCAACGUCUUCUGACGAUCAUCAGUCGGGAGAGGACGAGGGAUCACGAAAGAAAAUCAAGGUCAAUUCACAGCCAGCAAUGACCAGGGAACAGGCUUCUAAGAAGAGAGGUCGCCCUCAGAAAGUGCAGGAUGCUCAGACCCCUGCGGAGAGACGCCGGGCUCAGGUCCGUCUAGCACAGCGUGCCUACCGUUCCCGUCAAGAAGCCACUUUGUCGCAGCUGAAGAAUCGUAUCACUGAAAUGGAAUCGGUGAUUGACACGAUGACGGAAGCCUUUCUUGCAUUUAGCGACAGUUUAAUGCAAUCGGGCGUAUUAAACACAUCCCCUGUCAUUGCUCAGUCCCUUCAACAGGUGACUGCCAAGUAUGUUGCACUUUCAAGUCAGAUCACCGAAAAAGACGGAGAUGACGCCACUCCGCAAGAUAAACCAUUGUCCCAAAUCACUGCAUCAGAUUUGUCAGCCUCGCACUCGGCAGAGCAGAAAAGCCCGUUGUCAGACUCCGUGGUCGCUGUCAAAACAGCCCCCAUUAAUGGUGACCUCGAGAUACCAGACAUGGCUAUUGACUCCCUUUUUCCUAUUACACCUCCAACACAUAUCAGAGUCCCAUCCCCUCCCCUUAUCAGCCUACGCACACCCAUGUCGCAUCUAUACGGUCCGGAUAGCCCCUUCUUCGCCCAGCGGUUGCAUCUGGCCGCCUAUAAGCUCGCAUACCGAUACCUGAAAGAUUCCACUAUUCCCGACUCCGCGUUACUUCCGCGCUUUGGUUUCCUGAUGUCUCGAUGGACCAGACCUCAACUUAUCGCAUACUUGACCUCUUUCCUGAAAUCUUCCGGGGGUGUUGAAGUUUCCAGGAAAUUCAAUCCUCCCAUGCUGAACUUGGGCGGUGCCGGGUUGCACUACCCACGGAAGCAUUCGCCUAUCAGCGACCCCAAUCUUCAUUGGCUUCCCUCGGCUGAAGACAUUGGGACGAUGUAUGCAAAUGGGUUGAGCGUCCAAGACCUUGAAGAACCAUGGUUUGACCCGGGGGAUGUGGAGGGAUUCCUUGAGGAGCAGGGCAUAAUUCUUUCCAAUCGAAAUAUGCACCCAGAAAAUCCACAGAGUGGUUCAUCGGAGAGCAAUUGGACCCAUCGUCAGGAUGUGGUUGCGAGCACAUGGCAGUCAAGCUUUCUGGACGGUCGGGUUUCCAACUUGGCUGUCGACGAAGAUCAAUUGAUCGAUUGGCUGUCCUAUCGCGGCAUUUGCCUAGGCCGUUCGCCAGCGUUCCGCAAAAGUGACGUCGAGAGGUUCAUAUCGCAAAAUGCCUGGCCCGUGGGCACGCUUCAAAUGCCUAUGCAGGCCAUCGCAGUAGUCUAA